UGCUGUCUGCUACAUCUAAAAAUGGAGGGUGAUGCAGCUACUGUGUGUGCAGGGAGGGAGAGGACGAAAGGCAACUGGCAAGUGGGAGAGAGAAACUUCCUGAUAGAGAUGAUAAGCCAGAGGAAGGGUAUAUUACUGUCUAGAAAGACUGAUUAUCUUACAAACUCAAACAAAGCUGGUGCUUGGGAGGCUUUGGUUGAAGCCUUCCAUGCAAAGUUUGGAAGGAGAUGGAGUUGCACCCAGAUAAAGGAUCAAUGGAAAAGGAUCCGGAUUAACGCGAAGAAAGAGUAUUCUAACUAUACUAGAGAGAGUAGGAAGACAGGAGGAGGGCCACCUCCACCUGAACCCAGCAACCUCACCAUCAUAGUUAAGGAACUUUGCCCGUAUGAUUUUGUACAGCUCAGGAAUAGAUUCGAUGAUGACAACAACCAGGACCAAGAAAACAUCAUCGCCAUAAAUUCCCUGACGUCAAUAGCAACUGGCCGUAAUGAGUCAAGAUCAACACCAACAAACACAGGACUGUCAACAGGAUCAUUUCUCGAACCAAGGACAACCUCAUCCGAAGUUAUGUUCGAAGGUCUCGCCUCCCAGCCUAGUACAUCUACAGCGACCCCACGAUCCCUUUCAAGGACAACCUCAUCCGAAGUUAUGUCCGAAGGUCUCGCCUCCCAGCCUAGUACAUCUACAGCGACCCCACGAUCCCUUUCAAGGACAACCUCAUCCGAAGUUAUGUCCGAAGGUCUCGCCUCCCAGCCUAGUACAUCUACAGCGACCCCACGAUCCCUUUCAAGGACAACCUCAUCCGAAGUUAUGUCCGAAGGUCUCGCCUCCCAGCCUAGUACAUCUACAGCGACCCCACGAUCCCUUUCAAGGACAACCUCAUCCGAAGUUAUGUCCGAAGGUCUCGCCUCCCAGCCUAGUACAUCUACAGCGACCCCACGAUCCCUUUCAAGCAAUACAGAAAUCAACACUGCUCUUCUGAGGACUCCUGCUGCUAAGCGAGCAUUGAGUUACAACUCUCAAAACAAGAAAUGUCGGUUAGCAGAGGAUAGGAUGGUUGAAUUGGCAGAGGAGGAGCAUGCCGUAAGGCUGGACAUUUUAUGGAAAGAACACAAUUUAAAAAUAAAAGAGCAUGAACUGCGUAUGGAAAUUAUCAAAAUAGAGAAACAGGUUGCUGAAGCCAAACUGCUUGAAGCACAGGGUAAUACAUCUCAUCUAACUAAUUAAUCAAAAAUAAUUUAAGCUGUUCUGUUAAACAUGUUUAAUUCUACAUUUAAGAUAUAUCGUUCACAUAUUGAUUUUUAGCCUGAUUCAAAUAUUUCUUGCACUUCAAUUGUAAUUGCUAAUGUAAUUAUUAAUAUAAACAUGUCUUUAAAUGGACAGCAACAAUGUAUGAUGUGUGAUUAAUAGGCAAAAGUUGUUGUUCAAUGUAGUGCCAUAUUGAUCACAAACAUUUAUUUGAUUUCAAAUGUUUUGUGCACUUAAAAUGCAAUUACAAUAUAAACAUGGUCUUUCAAAUGAACAGCUGCAAAGUAGGAUCUGUUUGACUCUGCAAAGGUUUUCUGUUCAACAUAGUGCUACAUUGAUCACAAACUGAUUUAACAUGUGAUUUUCAAAUGUUUCUUGCACAUAAAUGCCAUUGCCAAUGUAAAUAUAAAGUAUAUAUGAACAUGUCUUCGAAUGAACAGCUGCAAAGUAAGAUCUGUUUGACUCUGCAAAGGUUUUCUGUUCAACAUAGUGCUACAUUGAUCAUAAACUGAUUUAACACGUGAUUAUCAAAUGUUUCUUGCACAUAAAUGCCAUUGCCAAUGUAAAUAUAUAUGAACAUGUCUUCAAAUGAACAGCUGCAAAGUAGGAUCUGUUUGACUCUGUAAAGGUUUUCUGUUCAACAUAGUGCUACAUUGAUCACAAACUGAUUUAACAUGUGAUUUUCAAAUGUUUCUUGCACAUAAAUGCCAUUGCCAAUGUAAAUAUAAAGUAUAUAUGAACAUGUCUUCGAAUGAACAGCUGCAAAGUAAGAUCUGUUUGACUCUGCAAAGGUUUUCUGUUCAACAUAGUGCUACAUUGAUCAUAAACUGAUUUAACACGUGAUUAUCAAAUGUUUCUUGCACAUAAAUGCCAUUGCCAAUGUAAAUAUAUAUGAACAUGUCUUCAAAUGAACAGCUGCAAAGUAGGAUCUGUUUGACUCUGCAAAGGUUUUCUGUUCAACAUAGUGCUACAUUGAUCACAAACUGAUUUAACAUGUGAUUUUCAAAUGUUUCUUGCACAUAAAUGCCAUUGCCAAUGUAAAUAUAAAGUAUAUAUGAACAUGUCUUCGAAUGAACAGCUGCAAAGUAAGAUCUGUUUGACUCUGCAAAGGUUUUCUGUUCAACAUAGUGCUACAUUGAUCACAAACUGAUUUAACAUGUGAUUUUCAAAUGUUUCUUGCACAUAAAUGCCAUUCAAUACUUUGGAAUUACACUGUACAUAUAGCAAUAAAUUACAACUCUCCAUCGUUUUAAA